AGGAGAAUGCGAACUCCGCCUUCGGAUGCUUCAUCUACUUCUUGAAUCGUGGCUGGCAGUCCAAACCCUAAACGGACUCCUGUGACUCCGGCGAUGUCUCACACAGUUCCACCUUCUGGCGUCAGUCCAUGGUCACCCAAAAUCGGAGAAGACCCCUCCUAAAUGGUCCUUAGCGGUCUCGAGGUGCCCAAUCUUUUCUUAUAGCAGUUGCUGGGUCCAUGAAGUCUGACAUCCCAGCCUCCUCUUCGAGAAUUGUACUCUCGCUGAUAGAAUGCUGCGAUUCGAAGUGCCUGCAUCAGAUUAUGGAUCACACAGAUCCAUAAUCGGGAUCGCUCAUUGGCUCAGUCCACCAGAGGUGUGUGUCUUUCCCACUCGCCUAUCCUGGAGCUUGCUGCAAUAUAGUACUCAGGUGGGUUACAAUUGGAGCCUUGAGCAAUCUCUGCAUUUGGACCCUUCUUAGAGUCCACAUCUUUGUCCUUUGUUCAGAGAGAUGCAGCCUAUAGGAAUGUCCUUGCCGCAUUAAAUUAUACAAUUACUCGUGUCAUCGAUGUUCUCAACUCUAUGGCUGCACAUGGCGAAGAUGGAAAUCUUAUUAAGGAAUUCAAGCAUGUUGAAUUUGUCCAAAUGUGGAAUUUGCCGAAGCACAAGCUGGAGAAGGUGGUUUCUGCCAACUUAUUGGGGCCAUCAGAUCAUGUCCUCUUUGUAAUUCACAUUGUAGUUUUUGAGGCAUCAGAACAGUUGGAGGCUUCGCUACUUUGUUUUAAGGACCCUCUGUUCCUCGUGGCAUCAGUUUCAAAGUCAGGAGUAUUUCUAUUUGAUUUCUUCCAUGUCAGUUUUGAUGGUAGCUUUAGCAGGAGCUGGGGAGCUCAAGGACACAUCUCAGUCGUUUUGCUUCUUAGCAACAACUGCAACAAUGACGACGAUGAGAAUUUGAUGAGGCUUAAAGCUGCAGAGUUAGAUAUGUAGCUGAUGAAAAUUUAUUAAGCACAAGAAAAGAAUAAAAAGAUGGUAUAAGGAAAAUCAACUUAGCAGAUGUGGUUUCUUCUGAUAUUCAUCAUUAUUAAUGACAAUUCAAAAGGU